CACCAUGGCAGAUCCGCUGACACUCCUCCUGUCGACUCUGGAGGAUCUGUUGCCAAAGGAGUUGAAGAAGUUUGGACUGUACCUGACCGAGGGGACUGUGGAGGGUUUCCCUCGCAUCCCAAGGGGGAGGCUCCCACCGGAGAGCGAUGCCACACACUUUGCCCGUCAGAUGACCGAGAUGUAUGGUGGCGAAGGCUCACUGAAGAUCACUCUUCAUAUUCUCAGAGAAAUCAACCACAAUGAGCUUGCAGAAAGACUGGAGAUAAAGCUACAGAGCUUACAGAUCAAUGAGCACAGUCUUUUGAGUGAUGAACUUCAUUUCUCUGAUAAAUGCACCAGUCUGCAAAGAAUCCUCCAGAGUGACAUGAAGAUAAAAGUCCAGAAGCUAGUGGAAGGUGGCAAUAUGGCAUGCAAAGACCACUCAAUAUCCCUGAAUGAUGUGUAUGUAGAGCUGUACAUAACAGAGGGCGGAACAGGAGAUAUUAAUGACCAACAUGAAGUCCGGCAGCUGGAGGUCACUCAUCAGGCUAAAAGACACAGAGACACCCCAAUCCAAUGUGCUGAUAUAUUCAAAUGUCUCCCUGGUCAAACAAAAGAAAUAACAACUGUCUUAACAAAGGGGAUUGCCGGCAUUGGGAAGACUUUCUCAGUUCAUAAAUUCAUUCUGGACUGGGCAGAGCAAAAGACAAAUAACGACAUAGCAGUCGUCGUGUCACUUCCAUUCCGAGACCUGAAUCAGAAGAAGACGCACCACAGCCUGAAAGACCUUCUUUGUAUCUAUUCACCACAGCUGCAAAAUGUGGACAACCUGCAAGGAAUUGCAAGCCGAAUGCUCAUCAUCAUGGACGGACUGGAUGAAUGUCGGCACCCAUUAGAUUUUCAGAACGCUCCAUGGUGGUCAGAUGUCUCAAUGCCAACUUCCAUUGAUGUGCUGUUGACCAACCUAAUACGUGGGAAUUUGCUUUCCUCUGCUCUGAUCUGGAUAACUUCUCGACCUGCAGCAGCCAGUCAAAUUCCCUCAGAGUAUGUUGACAGGGUGACUGAAGUUCAAGGAUUUGGUGACAGUCAAAAGGAAGAGUACUUCAGGAAGAGAAUCAGAGAUGAAGGCAUAGCCAGUAGGAUAGUGGCAUACAUAAAAACCAUAAGAACUAUUUUCAUCAUGUGCCACAUUCCACUUUUUUGCUGGAUUGCAGCUACUGUGUUUGAGAGCACAUUUGAUGAUGCAAAGCCUGAUGAAGUACCCAAGACCCUCACAGAAAUGUACACACACUUCCUGACCGUUCAGAUGGGUGUGAAGAACAAAAAGUACAAAGGAGGGAAUUACAAACACCAAAAAGUAAUAUCCUCUUCAGAUAAAAAAAUGAUCCUAAAACUGGGUAAACUGGCAUAUAACCAACUUGGAAAGAGUAAUUUGAUUUUCUAUGAAGGUGAUCUUCAAGAGUGUGACAUUGAUAUUCGCAAAACUGAAGAUUACUCUUCACUCUGCACAGAAGUCUUCAAAGUGGAGGAUGGACUGCACUCUGAAAGAAUAUUCAGCUUUGUCCACCUUACCAUCCAGGAGUUCUUAGCUGCAGUAUAUGUACAUGUGUCCUGUGUGCAGAAUAACAUGGAUGUAAUUGUACUUCACAGCCCUGUGAAGGGUAAAGAGCAAGUAAAGUUGUCAGAUGUACACCAGAAGGCUGUGGAAAAAGCCUUGCAGAGUCCAAACGGUCACUACGAUCUGUUCCUGCGUUUCCUGCUUGGCCUUUCCCGUGACAGCAAGCAGACAUUCCUUCAAAGCCCUACAGUGGAACAACCAGGACUUUUGGGCAGAUCAAUCAACGCUCUUCUGAAACUGAAUUUCCCACAAGAAGCAAACACAAUUUCAACUCAAUGUGUGGAUCAGACAGUUAAUGUGAUUAUGGAGAAAAUCACCAGUUGUACAGCACCAGAGAGAACCAUUAAUCUAAUACACUGUCUGAGUGAACUGAAGGAUAACUCCUUAGUGACUGGCACAAUGAAAGAACUUGUGACAGGGAAACUUUCUCGAACUCUCUUGGAAGCAGAGUGCUCAGCGCUUGCCUAUGUGGCGUUAAUGUCCAGUGAGGUGCUGGAGGUGUUUGAUCUGAAGACAUUCAAAACAUCAGCAGCUGGUCAACAACGACUGCUGUGUAUGUUAAAAGCCUUCAAACAUGCAAGGUAA